AUGGCUUUAGGCCAUUCCGUUUCUCCUCCAAUGCUUGCUUACGGAUUUUUGUUCAUUGUAAUCUGGUCUUUCAAAAAAUCGCUAUGUCUGGGCAAAGAAGGUAAGUAUAGUACAAUUUUAUUCCCUUAAUAUGCGAAAACUCAAUAAAGCUUUUUCUGAUAUAUGUUAAUUCGGCCUUAAGGUCAAUCACUCAGUUCGAAAAAAAUCUUGAUGAGACAAGGGUAUCAUAGCUAAAGUAUGCCAUACGCUGGCAGUGAAAAUUGCAAAAUAACAAAAAGAUAUAAGAUUUUCUAGCUACACAGUGCCUUUCCUGAGGUAAACGAAAUGAAAAAGCCACACCUCCUUUCUCGAGCUGUCAAUAAAUAGUCAAUCGGUUUCUAAUUUCGUUCGAGCACCCGAUGCCGCCUUCUAAGAGGAAAUAGAAGGUCUCUGUGAGCAGAUCAGAUGGGCUUAGAUUGGGUUCUUUAACUCUUAUAUGUGUGUGUCAGGUGAUUUUUCUUACGAAAAACAAAUUGUAUCUGAUAGAUCGCUCAGCUGUUAGUUAAAAGACUUAGAUGGCUUGGAAUCGCCAACAACAUUUGUGCGGUGAAAUGUCACUCUCUUCCAUUUCUUUUCUUUCUAAAUAUUCUUUCUCAUUGUUUGCCAUUUUUGUUAUUUUUGGGUGUCUUACAACCUUUUAUAAUUUGAAACUAAAUGUAAAGCCUAGUUUUAUCAGAUUUAAAGACGGUCAUUAAACAUUGAUUUCCUUUGUGUUUUUCUUAAUUAUUAUUAUAACAAGAUUUUUUCAAAAUGUCAAAAAUACCGCACCAGAAUAGCAGCUGCUCAAUAGUAAGUCAUUUGGAUUUUCGAAGUUUUUUCAGUCUUUGCACGGCAUACCCCUAAUUUUCUAACGCCUUAUUUUCAAACUGAUGAAAUUUUAAGCGUCAAGUUUUAAUUAAAAAAAAUUAAAAUCGGGAUCUAAUAUUAGCCGGAUACCUCUUGUCAUUGCGAAGAACAACGCAUUUUAUGUUAUUGUUAUUUUCGAUGCACUUUUGUUAUAUAAGUCACAUCUUGUAAACACUAACAACAAUUAAUUAAGACUUCUGAUUGAACAGAACAGCAGCUUUCUACUAAUAAUAUAACAGUGAUUGAAGGUCUGUCUUGAAAACAUAUUUCAACACUACAAUUAAAUAUUUUCGACCCCCAGGCAUACAAAGGGUGGGCAUUUACCUAAAACAGUCCCAACCCCUUUGUAACCUAUUCGAAAAACCUUAAAAUCGUCUUCUGCCGAUUUUUUCACCCAGAUUGGCAUUUUAUGGCCAGAUUGAGUUGUUUUAUGCUCAAAAGUGAAUUUUCUCAAAAAACUUGGUACUUUUCUUAAUCGAAAAACCUAAAAAUCGUCUUUUGCUGAUUUUUUCACCCCAAUUGACAUUUUAUGGCCAGAUUUAAUUGUUUUAUCCUCAAAAGUGGAUUUUCGUAAAAAAAUACUUGGUACUUUGCUUAACCCAUUCGUUACUGGGAAUUUCGCCGAAAAUCGCGUUUAGUGAAUCUAGUAGAGUCGUAUUCUGGUCACUGUCUAGCUAUAAAGGGCUAGAAGUCAUGCAUUAUUCAAAUGCUAAAUAUUAUCUUCAGGCAUGCGUAGAAGGCAAAAUUUCGCUUUCUCUCCUCCCUUCUUUUUCACUUUUCUCCCCUCGUUAUUUGUUUCUUUUGCUGGGCGUCAAUAGGCUUCAUUUCGGUGGGAACGUUUUUGGGAAAGCUUUUAGGAUCUUAGGAUUAGAUGAAAGGAAAGGUAGGCCGGUCGUGGAACAAGAUUUUUAUGACAAUUUUUGGGUCAAUGUUGCAUGGUUUCUUGCCUUUUUCUCCUGCCUGCUUGACCAGAUCAUGCUCAUUCUGGUAUGGUUUAAAAGAUCUCUUCACCCCCUACGAGUUAGCUGAAAAAGUUGUCCUUGAACCUUAAAACUGAUCAGGUCACAAGUGGUAGAAGGGAGUUGGAUUCUUACGGGCGGUUACGGGCGGUUCACAGAAGAAUGGGUUGAAGAGUUGUUUGAACCGGCUUUCAAGUUUCCUGUGCUACGCCUUUUCUGAAAAGAAUACAAGUUUUUUUGAGAGUUUCCAGUCAGAAAGUGUAUCAUCUAAGAGAAAUUAAGACAUUUACGGCUAUCGCAUAAAUUAACAUCUAAUCUAUCUGUACUAUUAUUGACAAUAAAAUAAUUAAAUUUUCUGUAUAAUCAAAGAUGGUAGGGACGUCAAAACUCGCCAAUUAACCUUAUAACAGUUGCUUGCGCGCAUUGUCGGUCAACGAGAAGGUCCCUGAAUUUGAGUUUAAAACAAUAGACACAGUUGGACACAGGUCUUCUUCUGACUGAAAGUUGUCAAUAUAUUUACCUUAGGUCGAGGCUAACCCUGUAUAAAUGGGUCUUCAAUGCUUCUAUUCAGCUGCCGCGACGAAUUCGAAUCUGGACCCUUCCGGAAUAAGGAUAAUGGACUAAACUCUAAAAAUCCCUUCUCUUAGCCUCCAUUGCAUGGUACUGAAUCAAGAUAUGUGGUCUCGGUUGUUUUUCGGGUGUUAUUAUGGGAGAAAUAACUUCACCCAAGAAUGUAGUUUUCGUUCCAAGUCUGUCAUUUUGCUUGUUUAUCGGAAAAUCCCGUCAAAAGUCAAAUGUGCGUUAAGACACGCAAUGGCUUAUGGGUGAUCCAUCCGCCAUUUUGUCUUUUUUCGACGUAGAAAGCUCAUUUUAUAAUUGGACAUGCCACAGGCAGCCUAAUAAUACGACUUGAGCUACUAUACAGUCCUUUGAAGUCUACCAUUUGAUUCUCUCUUUAUGUUUGUUACAGUUAACACGACCUUGGGCACAAUACCCAAAACAACAGUCAUCAUCAAAACACCAAACGUCACAUAUGAUGUUGGAGCAACGCUGGACCUAGAUUGUAAAGUUAAGGAAACGAGCAAGCCCAUUUUUGCUCAGUGGAUAAAACAUGCCGGAGACAUUGUCCUCGAAAAUAAAACGUUUCCACCAACCGCCGAUGAUUUUAAACCUCGGGAAUACCAUCUUCGCCACAAAAUCAAUAAGGUUUCCCUCCAUCAAACAGGAACAUAUAUUUGUCAAGCUGAAAUUUUAAAUUCCUUACAACCCGUCAAGGCCUAUUAUACCUUAAGAGUCAGAGGUAAUUAUCAUCAUCAUCAUGAUCAUGAUCAUCAUUCUUCUUCUUCUUCUUCUUAUUAUUAUUAUAAUUAUUAAUAUUAUUUUAGUUGUGGUGGUUGUUAUCAUUAUUAUUGUUUUCAUGUCUCUCACCUAUAGCUGGCUUUGUUUCGGCACGAAACUGAGCUAUCCAAUAUAGUGCAAACAAAUCCUCAGACCACGUUUAGACGGGUAAGGAAACGUUAUUGAACGGACGAAUUUUUUUGUGCAACUCCUUUACACGGAACCGUGCAAAUUAUAGCGGAGCUCUGGCGCGCCUGCGGAGCACCAUGGGUAAGUAAAUCUACCCAUCCCAGAAAAUUUGGUAAUCACGUGACCGUACACCGCCCUCAGCCCGCCCUUCCGUCCGCACCACAGGGCAACCAAUGUUCAAUCACACUUUCUAGUUUGGGAGCACAGGAAGACUGAUAUUGCAGACAUAUUGCACAUCAAUCUUGUGAUCAAUUGACAGCUGUCAAAACAGGGUAUCCGCUGACCAGUAUCACCUGAUCAUAUCGCGGGCUCAGGUGUCGACCCAUCGAGGUCGAGUAUCUUUUUAAAGUUAUCCGCUGACAAGUUACUAGUUUUCAAAUGAUUGCAGGCUCAAGUUUAAUUUUUCAAUUCAUAUGAAUUAUGUUGUGUUUUAUAUGUGCCGCACAAUUAAAAUUUUGAUUUCAAACUGACCUCGGAAGCUAAGAAUUAAGCCAGUUUUUAUAGGCAGGGAGGACAUGCUAGUUGCUUUUGACUUUUCUCACCAAGGUCACGCGUUGGUCACGCUCUACGUCCAAUUUUUAUACUCUGAUUGGUCAAAAUUUGACAGGUGAGUUCACGCGGAAAAUUUAUGCAGCAUCUUGAAACUUGUUUACUUUGACAGCUGAAGCUGACAGAGUUUUGUGUCAACUUUGUGAUGUUUUUAACUGUCUUUUUCCACUAAAUGUACAAAGUGAAAUUCAGCUGCUAUCAAGAGUCUUCUGUUAUUCAUGGCUAGUUUGUUUAUUGGGUUUUUGGUUGAGAAAUACGUCGCUUUGGCAAAGUCGGAAAUCCGAUUCGGAUGGCAUCGUUUUCGUUUUUCACCUUGCUUGAUGCGUAAGACGGUUGAAAAGUCUGAAGCGGUUCUGGCCUUACUUGAUAGUUUUCAGUGCAUCUCAAAAGGUAAGCCUGAGUAAUUAUUGUAUUUGUUUGUUUUUUAUAUCUAAUUUAAUGAAGUCGAGCGUAGUUUACGCGGCUAUUUGGUUUAUGCACGUUUGUAAGAUUUGAGACAAUGAUCUGACCGAGAGUGACCGAGUAUCAGGUUUGAUUAUCAGCUUAUGGAACUUUAAAAAGCCUUUAGACAUUUUCUCACCGCAAAUAGAAAGAAAACGUUCCAAAGAAUAUUUGGUUACAAUUCUGGCUGUAAAAGAAAGCUUUGAGCGAUUUUCUUGCCUCGAGUUCGUCUUUGAAAAAAGCAAACACCGGGAAGCCGGCUUAAAACGUAAACAAGGAUUUUCAGAGACACUUUACAUGUGUAAUACUUGUCUUCGUGAAUGAAAAUUGUUGUCUCUGUAUAUGUUUCACCGAAUUAUUUUCCCUUUCUUUAUUGAUUGUAAGUAGUCUCUUUUGCAAUUUUAAUCGCUGUGCCGUUUGUUUUCAGUCGCUCAUGAACAUCGCUUGCAAGAGUAGUCAAAAUGCCGCGCGUAUCAAACGCUUUUGAAGAUUACAGAUCUUUAUAAUAAAUUCUUUAUUGUGUUGAAGCGUAUAACUAUAUUAAUCUUAAUUUAAACAGUCGACUUGUCAAAAGUGAGAACUGGCUAGCCGUAUAGGUGAUUUUGGAAAUUUUUUUGACGAUUUCGCUAAAAGCCCACACGUGCUUUGAUCGUCCUGAAUAUUGAAUGAGUGCAAUUUGUAUUGCAAAAUUGUGAAACACUGCAUUCUGUCCGAGGUCUGUAUGAUGAAAACGGCGCAGGUGUUUUCCAGGCCUAAUCUACUGUGAUCAAGAGCCAUUAUGGCUCUUAAAUGUGAUCGAAGAUGAUUGCUAUUUUUUGGGUGUACAUAUAAAGGCUAUCAACUCGAUGUAAGAUGAAGUUCACUCUUAGCUUGGACUGUUUGCAAAUUAUUUUUCUCGAAAAUCACGAAGUCUUUCCCUCAAAAGUCACAUGAAUGUGCUCUAAAGUUAACUGAUUUGUGGAAUACAAGUUUAUUGUUUGAUUUGAAUUAUAAAUUCGAGUUAAUAGGAGCUUCGCUUUUAGCCCUGGCUAAAUCUAUAUAUUAUUACAGUACUGUUUACACGAGUCCGUACAACUUUUUUUUUGUCGGUGACAGCAUUGGAAUGGCUUAUUUCAUCAAAGGCGGGUAACUAGGCUCUAAGCUUUUACCGCGCAAACUGUACAAAAACUCGCACUCGGCAGGUCAGGUGUUUAAACGAGUCCGCCGAGUGGUCUAUAACAAGAAUAGAACAUUGCAUGGCCGCUUAGGGAUACUAAAUUUCUCUUUUCGCGUUGAAAAAAAUAUUACACAUACGCGUUUGCUGUGCUCUCUCAUGAGAUAUUUUCCGACCCUCGAAGAGAAAUUUCCUGACUAGGCGUGGCCAGGUAAUAAUAGGGAGUUUAAGCAGCAACGUUUUUGAGCGACGCAUGUCAACCGCAAGUGAGCGGUUUUGCCAAAACGUUGUUCAAGUCCACUUCCGGUUGACGUGCGUCGCUCAAAAACGUCGUUACUAGGGAGCUCAAUCGGGAAGGCGUUUUUGAGCGACGUGCGUCAACCGGAAGAAAUAUGCGUUGACGCCACCGAAUUUGUGUUGCUUUGUCCCGUUUUCUUAAAUAAAAGAGACUAUUUACCCGAAAAUUUGCCGCAAAAUAACUGCCCAAGGAUGCAAAAAGCCCACUUUCGGUUGGUGUGCGCGGCUUAAAACGUAACUAUUUGCUUUAGCCUGCGAGCAAGCUCUGCUGGGGCUCCCGGGAGUACAGCCGGGGGCAGGGAAGCUCCCCAGGAGAACUCCAAGGGAGCUUGCUCGCAGGUUAUAUUUGCUUAAGCUCCCUGUUCCCUUGACUAUUCACCGUACAGCGUAGAACUGACAAUGAAACUGUAGUUGAUAUAAAUUUUUUUCUUUUUGUAUGCAUAAUUAGCAAAGCCUCCGAAGACACAAUCUUUUACAUCAACCGGCAGCAACGGCACAGCAUUAGUGGCGUCUGUGAGUGUUCUGUCUGCCCUUCUAUUCCUGGUUACUGGGAUUUGCUUAGUUUAUCAAAGAAGGCGUUUUGUAGGUAUGUGAUUUUAAACACUACAAAAUGGCACUAUUAAGACCGAGUGUUGGGGGCUUCAGAGGCCCCUGUCUAAAACUUUUAAAAAAAUGUACACGAUAUUUUCUCAUCAUACUAGCUUCUUCCUAAUUUGGUAUUCCUAUUUGUGGUUAAUGACCGCAGUACAUUGAUUAAUAAUUCCCCGUUAAAAGUACAUUUUAAGGCUUUUAUUUACGAAGUGUUGCACGAGUGAUUUUUAGGUACGUUCAUGUCUUUAAUCUUAUGAAAAAUUCAAUUAAUUUAUAGUUUUGGAUUGCUUAUUUAUUUUCCAGCACAAAGAAAUGAAUUUUUGCAAAGAAUGGAAAGAAAUCUUGAAAGGUAAUAUUUUUAACUAACAAAAUUAAAGAAGGUCAUAACUUAAAAAUUUAGUAGAACUAAAAUUCACAUCUAUAUCAUUAUGACAUCAACCAUCAUUAAAGCAUGGUACAUUACUAAUAAUGGAGCGCAUCACUCUUGCCAUCUUCAUGACCAUUAGCGCUCUUUUGAACUCUCACUUAGUACCAAAAAUGAUCUAGGCACCUCGCCUGUUUCCUGACAAAGCCGUGACAAACUGAGCCACUUACAACCGCGCAGAAGCAAAUUAUUGCACAGCACUUUGCUUUUGAUGAUCUGAGAUCCUUACUGGAUUUAUAUUUUUUAGAAACCGUUCAAAUUCAGGGUAAAUUAUUGCUAAAACUUGUUGACAACAGAGACCCUAAAGAUUCGAAGACGCAGACAAAUACGAGAAAUACGAGAUUUUCUAAAUACUAUUCAAGUCGUGUGCCGAGUUUGGCUGGAAAUUAUGAUAGCCGUCGUCCGUCUUACUACGUGCUUUAGCGAAAAUGUCGUAUAGUGACGGAAAUUAACAAGUCAUCAAAUGUUAGAAACUUUAUCAUUUUGCACUUGGGAAAGGGCUUAACCUCGUAAAAUAACGCUGGUGAAUUUCCUGGUGAAAAAAGUAAAAUUAAGCUUUUGAGGUUGAUACUUUUUUUGGAUGAAAACGGCGAACGGAAAACUAACUUUAAGUCAAAUCUCCUCCUCUUGGUCGACCGUCCUCGUCCUCGAAUCUAAGGUCUCUCUUCUUUUUUUGCUUAUAAUUUUUUGUUUUCAGUGAAGAUUGUGACGGUGAGUGUGAUCCCAGAUGCCUUUCAGUCUCAGCUACAUGUUGGGAAGUGGCGUCAAAACAAGUCGACUUACAACACACUCUCGGAAGUGGUUCUUUCGGUGAAGUAUGGAAAGCUGUUGUCAGUGGAUUGAAGGGGGUUGCUGGCGAGACAACAGUUGCAGUUAAAAAGUUGAAACGUAAGAGCUUCCAGAACUGAAUGUUCUUUUUCUAAAGUUUCAAUUUUAUGGUACUGACAGUCAAACCUCCGGCCACGUUAUAUGGAGAAAAGUUUCCCCGGAUAAAAGAGCCAACCACCAAGACCAGUCAACUUAACUUCAGCGAGUGCUUUCACAUGAGGUCACGGAGGCUAUAUUGGUGUAGACUGCGAGUAGUCCCCAUUUUUCCUCAGGGAUAGUACAGUAGAGCGAGGGAAACGUAGUCUAAUUUUGGCCUCUCAAAACUAUGAAACGGCGGCCAUGCUGGUGUCCUAAACCAAUCCUGUGGUAGUUGAACUCUUUCUUAUGCAAACGCUUUCUUUUGUUCCAAUAAAUUUUCAUAGCCGCUGGCCGCGUGACUGAAAACGCUCUAUAACUGCCCCUUUUCCAUAACCUUUGUCCGAGUCAACAUCGCUCGCGCAUACUCUUGUUGUCUCGCUAUGACCGAGCAGACUCUGCAGGACGAGCCAAAGCAUUUAUGGAGAAAGGUUGGCCUGGCUAGGAGGGUGACCCUUCCAUCACAAAAAGGUGACCCAGCUUAAGGCGGGUUACCAUUUUAGCCGAGCCAACAUUGGCCGUUUUUACUGUACUAAGGACGCAUUAUCUAUCUAGACGAACUUGGGCAAACAUUCGCAUUUCGUCUGGUUAUACGUCUGGACAAACUUUCCUUCGAAAUACGUCUUGAACGGCGCACUACGAAAGGUAGUUCGUCUGGAGGCAUAAUGCAUAUUGUGCCUGUCUAUAUUCCAGAGACGCGCAUAACCAGACGAACUACAAAAUAUUUGACCAAGUUGUGUUUUUCAUGUAAUUGCUUUGCCACGUUUUGCAAGGAAGUGUAUGAAAUGUUGGCUCACCUAGGGUAGCUUGGGUAGGGGAGUGACCCCUCUACCCAGAACAACUUUUCUCCAUGUAAAUGGGGCCUCAAACAGACUCACUGACCAGGCCCAAGUUGUUCCAUAGGUGGAUAGAGCUAUCUAUCGGAUAAAUCGCUGUUCAGUGGAUAGUGCAAUUGGUUUCCCUAAUACUUAUCCACUAGAUAGUGACUUACCCAAUGGAUAGCGCUAUGCAACGUUUGAACAACCCGGGCCAGGUGGAUAACGCUAUCCACUGGAUAAAUCAGCGUAAUUGGUUUCCCUAAUACUUAUCCACUGGGUAGUAGUUUUUCCGGUGGAUAGCGCUAUCGAGCUUUUCAACAACUAGGGCCUGAUAGACAGGGAAAUUACAGAGCUGUAGUACCCGUUUAGCAGGGGUGUUCGUGUUAUAGGGCUAUUAAUUGUACUGAGUUUGUUAGAGCGGUUUUCACUUGACUGUCGAAAGUAAUUGAGGAAUUGGUUUGGUUUUGGUUUUACUACGCCCUUUGGUUGGCUAGUGUAUUUACUUUGGUUUUGGUUUUACGACAGUCGAGUGAAAACCGCUCUAUCGUUUGGAUUAUCAGAACUGUCGGUGAUUGGUAAUAGAGAGGUGUUCGUCUGUAUACAAAGCAAUUGUAGCGUCGGCGAGAGCACCAGGUAAAGCAAAUUUAAGAUUAAGAACGGAAAAUACACGAAAGCAGAUCGAAAAAACUGAUUUAUGUUCAGGUAACAAUAAUGAACAGCACAGCUGAUAAGGCAUAGUCUUACUUUGGUUCCUUAUGGACACCUCUCUAUUACAUUCCAGACAAGAGACUAUAAAGGGGACAGAGAGGGCAUCCCCCAUAUACACCCUAUUCCAUAGGUAAUUCGUCUCGAGUUAUUUUUAGAAUCGGGAUAAAGUUACCUCGCGCGAGGCGUGGAUGUUUCGUGGAGGUUUCGCAUGACCAAACGCCGUGCAAAACAUGUCGGGCGAGAGGCAAUGAAAGCGUAAAAAGAUCGAGAGCAUUCCUGAAUAUUGAAGCGAAAUGAGUCGGCGCUCACCUGGGCAAAAGGAAUCGCUGGACUCUUUGACAACCCGUGCAAUCAGUUUAACUCGAACUUGUCGUAACCUCAGUGCUUUAAUAAAAUGAGAAAUUUCGCCGGUCUAUUGAAACCGGUCGUUUGUACAAUUUAGGGAGUUUAAGAUCCAACGACGCGGACGACAACUAGAACGUCAAAAAAAAAAACAAUAGGUUUAAUUAGAAAAACAACAACUUCGCACGUGCAACACACUUUUUUUGUUCAUUUCUUUCCCGUUUUUGCACGACUACGACGUGAAAAUGCCUAAUUUCGCGUUUUAUGGAGGACGUAAAUAGGCAACGACGAAAUUUUAUUUCUCUCUCUGAGCUUGAAUAUGGUCCCUUGAAAUUCAGCUUUA